UUUUUCAACUGUAGAUAGCUGUUUCAUUUCAUGAGGAGAGGGAUUUAACACUUUACUCAGACAAUAUAUUUAAAUGUAAUAUGAAUCAGAAUCCAGUUUGGAGAGAUGUCUAUGUAAAUAGCAGUCCAUCAGUAUAUGAAGUAACAGAACUGGAAAGAGUUAUACCAUGCAGUUUUGUCUUAAAUGAAAUAUGGAUAAUCAAACCACAGUGCUGUAUUUUCUGCUCCUGAAGUUCUCAGCAACUUGGCAACUACAGCUGCUAUGUUUCUUCUUGUUCUUUGUGUUGUAUCUGGCAAUUACAAUAGCAAAUCUACUCAUCAUCUUUGCAAUAGCCUUUGAACAGGAACUGCAUAGACCUAUGUACUUUUUUCUGAUGAAUUUAGCACUACAGGAUAUAGGCUCUGUUUCUGUUAUUGUUCCCAAAUCUAUGGUGAAUUCCCUUAUAGAUACCAGAUACAUUUCUUACUUUGGUUGUGUUGCUCAAGUCUUUCUCUUUGUCUCUUUUCUGGGUUCUAAUGCAUCCCUCCUGACAGUCAUGGCCUAUGAUAGGUAUGUUGCCAUUUGCCAUCCACUGCACUAUGAGAUGGUGAUGAAUUGGAAAGCCUGCACUGAAAUAAUGAUUCUGGUUUGGGUUGCCAGUCUUCUCUAUGGAACUUUACAUGCCACUGGAACUUUUUCAGUCUUUUUUUGUUCUAAUGUCGUCAAUCAAUUCUUCUGUGAAAUUCCAAAAUUGUUAAAACUAUCCUGCUCUGGUUUCAAUCUAGUUGAAGUUGGAGUUAUUGUGGCCAGUGUCAUUGCAGGACUAGGCUGUUGUACUUUUAUAAUUGUAUCUUAUGCCAUGAUCUUCAAGACUGUGCAAAGAAUUCCUUCUGAACAAGGAAGGCAAAAAGCCUUAUCCACUUGUAUUCCCCACCUUAUAAUAGUGUUUAUGUUUUUCUUAAAUGGAUGUUUUGCGUAUUUGAUACCUCUAUCUAACACUCCAUCUUAUUUAGAUUUUUGUUUGACUGUUCUGUAUUCACUACUUCCACCCCUGUUCAAUCCAAUCAUUUAUAGCAUGAGAAAUAAGAACAUCCAAUUUGUUCUUUCAAAACUGUGGAAAGUCUGAAAGUUUCUUUUAUUGUUGUCUCUAUUCUAUUCACCACAAUUUUGCAUUUUCCUGUCUUUUCUUUUACUUCUCUGAAUAAAAGCAUAAGUUAUACAGGGAGACAUAGGUGGGAUGAAGGCAAAUCCAAUCCCAAACCAAAAGUAUGAUAGACACUAAACAUUUCUCAGUGAAUAUCCUGCAUCUCUAAUCACCCUCAAUGCACUUUACAGAUGCUAUAAAUGGAUGUCUGAUAGCCUAUUUUUUCAGAAAUGGAUUGCCAUUGCCUUCUUCCUAGAGUUUAGAGAGAGUGAUUGGUCAGCUAGCUAGCUUUGUGCCUAAAGUGAUAGAAGAGCUCACAAACUCCUAGUUUCUAUCCUGAUGUCUUAAUCAUUGCACCAAAUAGGUUCUCACAUACUUUAGCUCAAGAGUAACAAUUUCUUUAGAAGUACUUUGGAAGACCAAACACCUGGCAGGUUGGGUGAGCUGGUACUAUCUAACAUAAUGUUUUGAUAAUCACAAUAAAUAAAAAAAUCAAAAAGUAUAAUGAGGAUGAGUCAUGUAGAAUAGAAUCUUAUAUUAGCUCUCAGAAACUUGAUAAAAACUGGAAGAGAUAACAAAAGCUCCCUUGCCCAACACCUUGAGAAGGAAAGAUAGAUGGGCAUACCCAGAAUUAUACAUUAUUGAAAUGUGACUGAGACAUAUUGAGUUUCACACAACACUGAUAACAUAUACCAAAAGACAUAUCCAGAUUUUGUGUUAUCCCUGUCACCAUCUUCCCACUCCUUUUGUAAAAAUAUGCAAGACAGAAGAUUCAUUUAUGCAUGCCACUGCCUGACAACUCUUGAUCUUUAGUAAAGUGAGGAUCAAGUUGUAAUGUGAUUAUCAAAAACUAAUGCAAUAGAAAAGAGUUUUAAAUGGUGUGGCCUAUUUUUCUCACUACUUUCCUGUAGAAAAUGGGCUUCCCCUCUAAUGCUUGCACAUAUUAUGGCUAGUUAAAGCUUUAGCUUUUCCAAAAUCCCACAGGUUGCAAUACCUCUUCUGCAGUGGUGGGAUUUAGCCAGUUCGUACCAUUUCGGCAGAACUGGUAGCUAAUUUUUUGUUGCCCAGGCCCAGAAUGGACUUCCAGAAGUGGCAUCCACACAGAGAACUGGUUGUUCACAUAUUUGAAUCCCACCACUGCUCUUCUGUCCUUAAAUGAUAAUUUGUUCACAUACUUUGGUAUUUUGUGCCUUUGAGUCAGCCUUAACUCCUGGUGGCUUACUGGAAAAGUCUCUGCUCUUUUCUUGGCAAGGUUUUUUCAAAGGGAUUUGCCAUUGCCCCCUUCAAGGGCUGAGUGAAUGAGUGACUGGUCUAAAGUCACACAGGUUGUUUCAUUCCUAAGGUGCAUUGGAAUGCACGUCAGCCAUAUGCACUACACCAAACAAGUUCUCAUAUGCUUUACCUUAAGGAUAGCAUUUCUUUCCUUUAGAAGUGCUUUGGCAAGACUAGGCAUUACCCAGGGCAAGAUGGUAAGCUGAUACUAUGUCACACAAGAUUUUAAUGAGUAUAAGAAAUUUAAAUGGCAAGAAGUUUAAUUAGGAUGGGGCAUAAUUGUAAUAGGAGAUCAUCUAAGUUUUUAAAACUCUUACAACUAGAUAGAAAUUGAUCUAACAUCUGGAGAAGGAGGAUAGAUAAUUAUGCAACAGUUUAUCUUAUUGAAAUGUGCUUGAGAAUUAUUGAGUUUCAUUCAAACUACUGAUAAAAUAUGCCAAAAGCCAUAUCCAGGUUUUUCUCUUGCCUAUGCCUCUAUCCUUCCAAUACUUUUUAAAAUGCAUACAAGAUGGAAAAUUUCUCAAAUGUUUUGAGGCUCAGUAUAAGUGUGCUUAGUAAAGCUGCCAAAGCUUAUUGGAAUCACUUUAGCAACAUCAGUAUUUUCAAUUUUGCCCUCUAUUAAAAUUUACUUUUUUUCUUGCCUUAUCUUUGGAUAUUUCUUGUCUAUAUUAUACUUUGAAAUUGAAGAUGUUGUUUUCAUCUGUUUUCUCAAUAAACUCUUUCAACUUUUAGCUUAUUGUGUAUUGCAUAUUGCUUUCUAAAAAUCCUGCACUGAAAUUGUGAUUUUAAUUCGGGGAUACUAGACUUCCCUAUGGAAAGAUGCUUACCAGAAGCACCUUCUAAUCCUCUUCUGUUCUCACACUGUUAACCAGAUUUUUUUGUGAAAUUCCACAGUUGUAAAAUCAUUGCAAGUGUUCUUUGCUUG